AUGAGUUUAGGAGAACCUGGUGAAGGACCCGGUCCUUCAACGUCAAGUGGAAAGAGACGUCGCCGACCUAUAAUAAACGUAGCAGGCCCAUCUUCUGGGGAAACUUUAACGUCACCAGUAAAAAAGAGAAAACCUACCACUUUGUCGGUCGUGGAACAAGAGAUUACCAUUAAUGUAUACACUUAUGUCAAAAACACCUGGCCCGAAGACGUGUAUCCUUCAAACGUUAAAAUGGUAGAAAAGGUUUCGGAGAUCUCAGGAGUCAGCAAGAGCACUAUAUAUCGCGUCUUAAGCGUGUAUAGAGAUUCCGACAAAAUACCAGAAAAGGGAAUAAUUAAUAAAAUAAAGAAGUCUGUAAUUGAUCAGUUGGACGAUUUUCAUAAAUCGGCUAUAAGAGUGAAAGUGCAUCAUUUCAUUAUUGCAGGAGAAUUACCGACUUUCGACAAAAUUUUGCUCAGUAUAAAUCAAGAUGACCAGUCUGAGAAAAACUUCCCUGUGACCUGUGUUGCCAUUUAA